AUGGGACACAUCGACUCGGAACUCUUCGCCGAAGCAGACGAACCACCGGAAAGAAAGGAUCAACCACCGCUCGACUCUCCUCGUCUCGACGCCGCCUUUAUCAAAUCACUACCCCCGGCUUUCACCCGCAGGGAAUCUCUUCUUACCCGCCAACUACACUCACCGGAACCCGAACACCCCCACGAGGAUGAACACCAUCGCGCCAGGGCCAUCGUGCGUGGCAUGUCAGCAUGGAGCAACCAUAGUAUCGCCUCGACUGCUGAGCUUACCAGCGAUAACGACCUAACCAGCCCUGGAACUCGUGAAAGCACUCCAAGUCCUCCUCUACCACCAACCUUGAUCAGGGAUUCUAUAUCCGCAUUGGAAAAAUCUCCAUACAAGGAACCGGUCAUCCUUGAGGACAUUAAAGCCCAGCCUGAGAAAACAGUGGAGGCCGAGCUCGGUCGUCCUAGAUGUAUCACCUUCGCUUGUGGUGGCAGGAAGCCCGCUUCGAACCAUGCUACUUCCGAGAGUGAGCAGGAAAAGAAGCAAGCCCCAACGCCUGCUCCUACAGAGCCUCCAAAGCGCAAGACAUGCAUCACCUUUGCUUGUCCUUCCAAGCCUGCCGUCCAAACAGCCCCUGUCAAGGAGAAGACGAAGGCAAUUACUCUGGCUCCCACGCAAGGACCCAAAUCAAGAAUCGUCAGUCCCGGACCAAGAAUCUCCAAGACCCAAGCUUCGCCAAAAUCUUUUCCUAGGAGUCACCGUGGUUCCGACUCGACUGUCAAGAAUGAUUCGCCGAAAAGCCUUCGCAAAGGCCCGUCGCUGCCCGUCAGAAGACGUAAAUACAGCAUGGAGAAUGACGAUGUGCCUGGCGAAGAAAGAAGAUUUCACGAGUUCGGACCUUCAGAGGAGGAAAGCGAACAGUGGCUUGAAGAAUCUGGCUGCUAUCGUCAACGCUUGACCGUCAACGACACCUUGUACAAGGAAAAUAUCAUCAGACAGAUUGGCGAAGAGGUCGAGGAGGAGGCUAUCGAAGAGGACGAAGAUGACGAAGAGAUCGAAGAAGACGAGGAUGAGGAUGAUGAAGACCUUGAAGAUCUCCAUGUCCAGGGAGCUAUCUCGGACGACGCAGUCUCUGAUGCUGGAUUCCAGACAGACGACGAAGACGGCUUUGCGGUCUCUGACAGUGAAGGCGACGACAGCGAAAAUGAAUGGUGGGCCCCUCGAGGCCGCUCAACCGCUGCUACUUCUAUGGAACAGUUGGAAAAUGCCCAGCUUACUCGUAAAAGAACCAACUCGGACUCCUCACUAGGAUCAGCACACGGCGAGAAUACGACCGCAUCUGCUCCUUACGGCAUGGUCAAACGCAGAAGCCGAGCACUCAAGAUCAACCGUCCCCAGACUCCAGACCUUCCCGACAGCACCGACUUCGUCUGUGGCACCCUCGAUGAGGACCGCCCUCUCGAGCAAGCAUACAUCAUAAGCCUCGAGAGAAGAAAAGCUGCCAAGCACAAGGCGAAGCCCCAGGACAUCGAUCCUACCUUCCCUACCUCUGAUCCGGAUAUGGAUGAGGAAGAUGACGACGAGGACGACGAAGAGGUCGAGGAGAGCGAUCAUCCUCUUAUCAUGCACGGCAAGAUUGAGAUGAACGAAGACAUGGGCUACCGUGGACGUCGCAAGUCCAAGACUGCUCUCAAAAAGAAGUCCAUCUCCCCUCCUCAUCAGCGACUCCGUUCACCUCCUCCUCCCAAGCAUCGCUCUCACCGUUCUCCUCCACCGUCAGCCAAGCGUUUGCGAUCGCCUGCCCCGAUCAAGCGCACUACUCACAAGUCACCACCUCCUCGCAAGCUCUUCGGUCAAUCACCCAGACGCAUGAGAUCACCUCCACCCCCACCCCGUCGUCCUACAUCUCCACCACCAUCUCUGCGCAGUUCCGUGGAAGGUGUCUCUGCUAUCAGUUUCACUCCAAGAGCUGCGCUGGGCCGCCGCCCUCAGCCUACUCAUACUGCCUCGUUACCCCGAGUCGAGAGUCAGGUCAAGAUUGGGCAGAACGCAAUGACCCCGUCGCUUGACGAACACGAUGAUCCUUUAUCCGGUAUGAGAACAGCUCGUGGCGCUAUUGACAUUGUCAAAGGUCUGGAGAAGAAACGCCAGCGACGCAAGGAGAAGCUUUACCAGAAGCACUGCCAGAAGGGUAAAAAGGACCAAGAACGCAAACCAAAACCUGGCAAGGGCGCGGAAAGAAUGAGAGAAGUUGGACUCGAGCUGGCUGCUUACAAAGGCAAGAAACAGCACGUCCUCUCCUACUAA